CGAAGAAGCAUUUAUAUAUUAUAUAUAUUAAAAAUAUUAUAGGAGAUAUUGUGAAGACGAAACCAAAUACUUUAAACAUUUAGAAUAUAAAACCAAAGUCUAUUAUUAUUGUAUAAAAAAAAUGGCUAAUAACACAGCUAUGAUGAAUGGUGGAACACAUCAAGUACAUCAAAAUGGUGCCCAUUAUUUACCAGUCAGUGAUUUUUAUAAAGGACGACAUAUAUUUAUUACUGGCGGUACUGGAUUUAUGGGAAAAGUAUUAUUGGAAAAAUUAUUACGAUCGUGUCCGGGUAUUGGAAAUAUAUAUUUAUUAAUUCGACCAAAGAAAGGACAACAAGUGACUGAUCGCGUUAAUCAGUUAUUGAGUUCACCGUUAAUGGAAUAUAUAAAGAAACAUAAUCCAUCAGUACUCGAUCAUGUAAUACCAAUUGAAGGUGAUAUUACGCAACCAGAAUUAGGAAUAAGCAACAUAGAUCAACAAACUCUGUUUAAUAAUGUAUCGAUUGUAUUUCAUAGUGCAGCGACUGUUAAAUUCGAUGAACAAUUAAAAUUAAGUGUUACAAUCAAUAUGCUCGGUACCAAACGGCUUGUAGAAUUAUGCCAUAAAAUGCAAAAGUUAGAGGCAUUAGUUCAUGUAUCAACGGCAUACUGCAAUUGUGAACGACAAGUAAUAUCGGAACAAAUAUACACUCAAAAAAUUGCUCCAGAACAUGUUACAAAACUAGUCGAUUGGCUGGAUGAACCAAUGAUCGAUCAACUUACAGCCGGACUUGUUGGACAACGUCCAAAUACUUACACAUUCACGAAAGCUCUAGCUGAAAGUAUGCUAUUACAAUUAGCUGGUAGUCUUCCUGUUACAAUUGUUCGACCCAGUAUUGUGUUAUCUUCAUUAGAAGGACCAAUGGCUGGAUGGGUUGAUAAUUGGAAUGGUCCAACUGGUAUUGUGGCAGCUGCUGGCAAAGGCAUGUUUCGCACAAUGCCUGGAAGGGGUGAUAAAACUGCAGAUUUAGUUCCAGUUGAUAUUGUAAUCAAUACAAUGUUAUGCGCUGCCUGGAGUACAGCAUUAGGUGUACAAAAAUCAUUGUCGAAUCCAAUUGUAGUUUAUAAUGUAACGACGGGCAAAAGAAAACCAAUUACAUGGAAUCAGUUUAUUAAUAUAUGCUUUGUAUAUAUGAGAAAACAUCCAUUUAGUGACGUAAUGUGGUAUCCUGGUGGUAUUAUUUCAUCAAAUCAAUACUGGUAUAAAACACGUGUGUUUUUGCUUCAAUUGUGUCCGGCUUACAUUUUAGAUACAAUAUCAACUAUAUUAGGAAAGAAACCAAUAAUGUUGAAAAUUCAAGAAAAAUUAAUAAAAGCUGCAUCAUGCUUAGAAUAUUUCACAGGCCAUGAAUGGGAAUUUAAAGAUGAUAAUGUAAGAGUAUUGAAUUCAUUGUUAUCGCCGGCUGAUCGUAAAGAAUUUAAUAUUGAUGUAACACAAAUUGAUUGGAACGAAUAUCUUGAGAAAUACGUUUUGGGUAUUAGAACUUACAUAUUUAAAGAAAAACCUGAUACAUUACCAAAAGCAAGAGCGCAUUUAUCAAGGUUAAUAUUUAUUCAACGCAUUACACAGCUAUUAACUGUUAUAUUCUUAUGGAGGUUCUUGCUUGUACGAUCCUCUCACUUACGACAAAUGUGGACCAGUGCAAUUUAUUUGCUAUUACGUUUAAUUAGUAAAUUACCUGGAUUUUGAUAGCAAUAGAGAUAUAUGAUGAAAAAUUUUCAUUGGAAUUAUUAAUUAUUAUUA